AAGCUUCACUCCAGUUGUAGGAUUAUCUCUGUGGGUUGGGAAUGGGAUUCGGUGCUUCGCUAUCUCAUGCGCGACCACUGCAACUCUCUUCAUCUCUUUAUGGCGAGGCCUUGUCAUCUUCCUCCUCAUCCAGUCUCUUUAUGGGGGGUCCAUUCGCCGCCUCCGUGCCCUUUACCCUCACUGGGAACAAAUUACAUUUUCGAAAGCUCGUUGUUGUCUCCAAAAGGAUAUCGGGCUUGGAGGAAGCCAUGAGAAUUCAGAGACAAAAAGAGCUUCGAGAAAAAAGAACCUUUAGAAGAAGGAUACCAUUAAGGCGUGGAAGGGUAUCACCCCGUCUUCCUGUGCCUGACCACAUACCAAAGCCUCCUUAUCUAAGUUCAACUUCAUUGCCCGAACUAUCAAGUGAACAUCAAAUUCAUGACUCUGAAGGCAUCAGUCGCAUGAAAGCUGCAUGUGAGCUAGCUGCCCGUGUCUUAGACUAUGCAGGAACAUUGGUUAGGCCAUCAGUAACAACAAAUGAAAUUGACAAAGCAGUGCAUCAGAUGAUAAUUGAGGCUGGUGCUUAUCCUUCACCUCUUGGCUAUGGAGGAUUUCCAAAGAGUGUAUGCACUUCAGUUAAUGAGUGCAUGUGCCAUGGGAUUCCUGAUUCUCGCCAGCUACAGGAUGGUGACAUAAUAAACAUUGAUGUAACAGUCUACUUUAAUGGUUAUCAUGGAGACACAUCAAAGACUUUUCUUUGUGGCAAUGUUACUGAUGGACUCAAACGCCUUGUGAGGGUAACUGAAGAGUGUAUGGAAAGAGGCAUAGCAUGUUGCAAAGAUGGUGCUAGUUUUAAGAAAAUUGGAAAGAGAAUUAGUGAGCACGCUGAAAAAUUUGGUUUCGGUGUGGUGGAGCGUUUUGUGGGCCAUGGUGUGGGGACCGUAUUUCAUUCUGAACCAGUUAUAUUGCAUCAUCGCAACGACAAGUCGGGUCACAUGGUUGAAGGUCAAACAUUUACUAUUGAGCCAAUUCUUACAAUUGGAAGCACAGAAUGCAUAACAUGGUCUGACAACUGGACAACUGUGACCGCAGAUGGAUUCCCUGCUGCACAGUUUGAGCAUACCAUUUUGAUUACUAGAACUGGUGCAGAAGUUUUAACAAAGUACUGAAAAAUCAGUUGGUUAAUAUUUGUUUUUUUGCCUCAAACAUGCCCCUUUUUAUAAAAAAAUUUACAUAGUUGAAGAAUGGACAUCAGUUUCCCACCAUUUUUCUCCCUGUAGAAUUCUAUGUUGAAAAAUUUGCCUCAAACAUCUCCUAUUUAUAUCCAAUAUGGUCAUGGAUGGAAAUCAACUUUGGGUCA